AUGAGUGGAGUUUACAGUGGUGUACAAACCAGGAUUAAACAAAUCCAACCAAAUGCUGAGUAUGUACAUUGUAACAGUCAUAAUUUAAAUUUGGUAAUUAAUGACUGCGUAAAUGGUUCGCAUGAUAUCUUAUCAUUUUAUGCUACUCUUCAAAAUAUUUAUUUAUUUUUUGGAAAUAGCAUAAAAAGAUGGGACCUCCUCUCUAUAUUUACUGGGAAGUCUGAAGUUACAUUGAAAAAACUAAAUCCAACUCGAUGGUCUGGUAGACUACAAUCAUUAACAGCUGUAAAAGUUCGAUUUAUGGAUAUUUUGAAGGCUUUGACUGAAAUAAUCCUUAAAUCGACGAAAAAAGAAGAAAGAGAAGAAGCACUUCAAAUAAAGAAAAAAAUGGUGACAUUCGAUUUUGUUUUUAUCUGUGUAUUUUUAUUUAAGGUAAUGUGCGAGGUUAAUUAUGCUUCAAAAACUUUACAAAAACAAGAAAUAGACUUGGAGGAAGCUACUGAAGUUUUAAAACACCUUCGUGAAAAGUUAAAUUACAUUAGAAAUUCAUAUGAACAAAUCAAAUUAGAAGCAGAAGAACUGGCACGAAAGUGCCAGUUCUUCUGCUUUAUCGAAACUAAUUUUCAAUCAAAAAGGGACAUCGAAACUAAUUUUCAAUCAAAAAGGCAUCCAGUGAAAAAGCUACAUUUUGAUGAAUUGGCAUCAGAUCAUCGGUUUCAGAACAGAGAGAAAUUGUUUAAAAUGAAUAAUUUUUAUUUUGUAUUGGACAAAAUCAGCGUACAAAUUGAACAACGUUUUUCGGGAAUGCAAACCGUGAAAAACCUUUUUUGCUUCUUAGAACCUAAAAACAUAAUAAAUUUGCCUGAUACAGAUAUCUUAGAAAUGUGUGAAAAUGUUUCCAAAAAAUAUUCGAAAGUUAUCUCUCCUCUUUUUUGUAAUCAAUUUCUGCAAGCAGUUUCAUUGUUGAAAACAGACUUAACUUCAAAAGUGUCGAUUAAGCAAUUUUCAGAUUUACUCUUUACUAAGUACAGUUGCUUAGAAAUUAAUAUUACUGCACAGUUCUCUAAUAAUCAAGAGGAAGGUUUUAAACAACGUAAAAUUUCAGAUGAACUUAAUGUUUUAAAAAGAAAAAUUGCAAAUAUAGAUAUCUAA